ACUCUUUACUGUUUGAUAGGUAUCAUAAGUAUCUUUUAAGAUCUCGUCAUGUUAUCAACUAUAGUAGCUAGAAGGUCUCGGAUAAUAAGACUUCAAACUAUAAGAUCUCUAUCAAUAUAUUCCAAAAGAUCAAUAUCAGCAUCUUCCAAGGUACAAAAUAGUACAUCCAACCCAAUACCAGAAAAUGCACCAUCAUUAGAAGAAAAUGAAGAGUGGCUUCUGAGGUUAUCUGAAGAUGAGGUUCUACUGGAAGAAGAUGCAUCAGAUUUAAAUUUCACUGAAUCAGUUUUCCCCAACAAUUUCAUCCUUACCAAGGGUAAAGGUACUUUAAGAAAGCCAGAAGGGGAAGUCAGAACUUUACAAGACUUGAACUAUAAGGUUGUAGGAACAGAUAAACAUGGGUUCAAAGAGAUCUGUAUGACGCUUAAGGACUAUUUCAUGGGUAGUGAGUAUUCACAGAGUAUAUUUUCUAGAUUCAGUGGAGGUAGUGGUAACAACCGAGUAGCACAAGCUCGUAGAGUGGAACAAAAGACCUUUGUUGAUCUUAAGAUUGUGAACAUUUCCAGUGGGAAGGGAGGGAAUGGAUGUGUAUCAUUUUUAAGAGAUGCACACAGACCUGUUGGACCACCAGAUGGUGGUGAUGGUGGUGAUGGUGGUAAUGUAUAUAUCCGAGUGAUGGAAGGUAGUUCACUUCACAAGGUCCGUAAGACUUAUAAGGCCAACGGUGGAUGUGCUGGUGGGGGGAGUCAAUUAGAUGGGAAAAGAGGUGAUGACGUUAUCAUAGAUGUUCCUGUUGGAACUACUGUUAGAUGGAUUCCUGAACCAACAGAUAUUAAAAAAUUACUUAAAGAAACUAAGGGAGAUUUAGCUGAUACUGAGUUUCAUUUAAAGGCAAUUGGAAGUUAUCCAAACGAUGAAUGUAUCAGUAAUGUCCAACUUUUCAGAGAUCUGUUUGCUCCAGGUGAAGGAUGGCUUUUCAAAGAUAAGACAUAUGAAUAUCAUUUGGAAAGAAAUUUCUUCAAUGAUUUGAAUAAAUCUGUCACCAUCUAUGAUAAGGAAAUCAUUAGGGAAGAAAUUGCAAGCGAUAGAUUCCCAUUAUUAGGUAUAGAUUUUUCUGAACCAAAUAUGAAACCUCAACUACUUUUAAAGGGGGGUAAAGGUGGUAUGGGGAAUAUGCAUUUCCUUACCAAAGAUAUUAGAAAUCCUCGUUUUGCUAAACUGGGAAGAGAAGGAAUCAGUGGAUCAUUUUUAUUUGAAUUGAAACUUAUUGCAGACUUGGGAUUAGUUGGUUUACCAAAUGCUGGUAAAUCUACACUUUUAAGAGCCAUUUCAAGAGCUAGACCUAGAGUGGGGCAUUGGGAAUUUACCACUUUACAACCAACUAUUGGCACUAUAUUUACAAGAAUCGAUAAGGAUCCAUUUACUGUGGCAGAUAUCCCUGGUAUUAUCAAGGGUGCUGCGCAAAAUAAGGGUAUGGGACUUGAUUUUCUCAGACACAUUGAAAGAUCCGGUGGACUUGUGUUUGUUGUAUCAUUAGACGGUGAAGAUCCUGUAUCUGAUUUAGAAGUCCUUAUCGAAGAAUUAGGACCUAAAAAGCUUGAAGCCAAGAAAAUAUUAAUUGUGGCUACCAAAGCUGAUCUCACUAAAGAUGGUGAGAAAUUUAUGGUUCUUAAAGAUUAUGUAGAACUGAAGGAUUGGAAAAUUGUCCCUGUUUGUGCCAUUAAGGGAGAGAAUAUUGAAAGAUGUAUUCAAAUGAUGAGUGAAACUGCUGGCAAAACUGAAGUUUAAAUUACUUUACUACAUGGAUUUAAAUAAAAAGUAGAUGGGUAUUUCCCCUUCUAUUGUAUUAUACUGAAGUCUUUUUCCAAGAC